UAUUACUCGCACAGCCCCGCUGCUCACAGCUACGCUUCUGCACUAGGACCCAGGAGGACGCGGAGGGCGGAAGCUAAGCGUGAAGCGGCCGAGUUGUCUUGACUUGUGGUGUAGCAGGAUGGCGAGGCUCGUGGAAGAUGUGGCGACGGCUUCCAGCUAUCGCCAAUUCCAGCUGGAGCACUUUCACCUAGACUUACAUGUGAACAUGGAGGCAAGGAAGGUGCGCGGCACUGAGAAGCUGAACCUCCGAGUCCUGUCAGAGACCGGCGAGCUGCGACUGGACUCCUACCCGAGCCUGCGGGUUCAGCGCGUGUGGCUGGAGGUGCCAGCUGGGCAGGUGACGGAGCUGUCUUGGGAGGAGAAGCCCUUCAGCAGCUAUGGCAGCGCACUGGUUAUCCGGGCCCCGGAGACUCUCCCAGCUGGGUCUCAGGUUGUGUUCGGUGUGGAGUAUGAGGUCGGGGACAACCCUGGGGUUUGUUGGUUAGAACCUGAGCAGACUGCUGGAAAGAAGAAGCCAUACAUGUAUACUCAGGGUCAGGCUGUUUUAAAUCGGUGCUUUUUCCCUUGUUUUGAUACGCCUGCUGUUAAAAGUACUUAUUCUGCAAAUAUCAAGGUUCCAGAUGAUUUUACUGCAGUUAUGAGUGCUGAUUCUUGGAAUUGUCAGGAUGACACUUACACCUUUAAAAUGACACAUCCGAUUCCUUCUUACCUUGUGGCACUUGUAGUUGGGGAUAUCGUAUCUGCAGAAGUAGGACCAAGGAGCAGGGUUUGGGCUGAACCAUGUCUAAUAGAAGCUGCCAGAAAAGAGUAUGAUGGUGUAAUAGAAGAAUUCUUGAAUGUCGGAGAGAAACUCUUUGGACCGUAUGUUUGGGGAAGGUAUGAUGUUUUGUUCAUGCCCCCCUCUUUUCCGUUUGGUGGUAUGGAGAACCCGUGUAUUACAUUUGUCACCCCGUGUCUACUAGCUGGUGAUCGUUCCCUGGCUGAUGUCAUUAUCCAUGAAAUAUCCCAUAGUUGGUUUGGAAACUUAGUGACCAAUGCUCAUUGGGGCGAGUUUUGGCUGAAUGAAGGUUUUACCAUGUAUGCUCAGCGAAGAAUCACCACAGAGAUCUAUGGAUCUGCAUACACUUGUCUAGAAGCAGCCACUGGAAGAGCCCUUCUUCGUCAGCACAUGGAUGCAUCAGGAGAGGAUAAUCCAUUAAACAGACUGAGAGUCAAAAUUGAGCCUGGUGUGAAUCCAGAUGACACUUACAAUGAAACUCCAUAUGAAAAAGGAUAUUGUUUUGUGUCAUACCUUGCCCACCUGGUAGGAGACCAGAAAACAUUUGAUGCAUUUCUAAAGGCUUAUGUGGACAGAUUCAAGUUUCAGAGCAUUACUGCUGAUGAAGCAUUAGCAUUUUAUUUGGAUUAUUUUCCAGACCUUAAGGAAAAGAACGUUGAUAAAAUUAAGGGCUUCGAAUUUGACCACUGGUUGAACACACCUGGCUGGCCACCAUUUCUUCCAGACUUGUCUGCAGGUGACGCUCUGAUGAAGCCGGCUGAAGCUUUGGCUGAACUGUGGGCCUCUUCAACACUUGACUUGCAGUCUAUUACUAAUGUGCAUAUCACACCAUGGAAAACCUAUCAACUGGUCUACUUUUUGGAUAGAAUACUUGAGAAAUCACCACUUCCAAUAGGCAAUGUCGAAGAGCUUGGAAAACAUUACCCAAAGAUUUCUGAAGCUACCAAUGCUGAAUUGCAACACCGCUGGGCUCAGAUUGUUUUAAAAAAUGAUUAUCAAAAUCACUUUUACAAAGUCAGCAAUUUUCUGCAAAGCCAAGGAAAACAGAAGUAUACAUUACCGUUGUACCGUGCUAUGCAAGCUGGAACAGAACCUGCCCGUGCAUUAGCGAUUGAGAUCUUCAAGCAGACAUCUGCACAGCUUCACUAUAAUGUCUGUAAUUAUGUGAAAAAGAUCUUGGGAUUGUAAAGAAAAUUUAUAUAUUAAUUCUGAUGGAAAUUAUGAGAAAUAAUUAGUGCUGUCACAGCCAAAAAAAUUGCAUAAUAAUUUCAGAUAUUGCUCUUAUUAUGGAGUCCCCAAUAAAAAAGUCAACAGUUACUCUAUAGAAAAACUCCUUUACCCAAUGUUUUCUUAAGAAUAAUUAUCCUAAACUGAACAUGUAUAUGAACUUCAGUGCUAUUCAUUCAUCACUGACAAAGGGUGCAUGCGCCUGAAAUGUGUCUGAUCUGCUGGUUGCUUGUACUGCUUUUAUCGUGAGUUCUAAUAAAGUCUGGAUUUCUGCUUA